AAAACUCUGUUUUGUGUCAAAUUUCGUCCAGUCUUACUUCAGAUAAAUAUUAAUUUAAUAAUAUUUCAAAUGGAGUUUGGUGUGACGCUGUUCCUACGGAGAGACAGCAACGCCAGGUUCACGUUAGCUCCUCAGGUUCCUCUCAAACCUGACAGCCGACACAAAAACACCCCGAACAGAGAGCCACAGUGAAGUUUAAUCGGCAGCAAACAAAGACACACAAACAUGUUUGUUGAGGGACCCCCCCACAAACAUGGAGACCAGGCUAGCUAGCAUCAUAUGAAACCGAAACAGUCGAGCGUUAGCAGCGUUGGCGCCAAAAACCACAGAGAGACUUACUAAGAGAGGGGGGGUGGGCUCUUCAGGUGGUCUUCAGGUGUUUUAAUGACAGCAGCAGCAGGUUAGUAAAGAGCCGAGAGGUGACAUCGCCCUGUCUGUGUGUCUGACAGCUUCAUACUGAUGCUGAGCAGCUGUCAACAAACAGCGCCCCCUGCUGACAGCUCACAAAAACACAACCUGCAAUUCCUGAGCGAUUCCUGUUUAUUCUACGCACUUUAAUACUUCACCUCUUUUCCAACAGACACAUUUAAAGCCACUCUUAAUGAAAAACAUCAGUACUUUCAGCUGUUUGAUUAUUUCCCUUAUCUGCAGCCGGAGGAUCAUUUCAUAAAUAAAUUUAUAAAUGAAUGACCGGAAGCGGAAACCCAGCUACUUGUUGUUGGAAAAACUGGAAACUGGAGUUCGUCUAAACUGGAUCUACUUUGAACCGGGUUCGUUCCUUACUUCCACAUUUGCAGUUUUGUCGUUCCUGUAGGAUUUUUAAAAACAUGUUAGCUGCCAAAGGAUUCAAAAGAGCAAAUAUGAGAUUUGAACGAUCUUCAAUGAUUGAAGUCUGCUCUCACAGACAGACAGACAGGAUUAUAUUUUGACAGAAAAUGACCAGACCUGCCAUCAUAAUCAUGUUUAAAACUGUUUGUCAUGUCUAAUUGGCUAAUUUUGGUACCACUCUUAAUUUGUUCUGGCAUACAUACUCUCAUUCAUGUUUGAAAAUUUGUUACUAAAGGGUAAACAUAAUACAUUAAUGUAAACAAACCAUGUGCAAUUUUAGACACUGAUCUGCUAGUGCAAUCGUGUGCUACGGGUAUCGUACAAUUCAAUUCAAUCUUGCACUUCUGCACUCGUCACUUUAACAAGCUGUACUGUAGCAAAUGUCACUAUAAACACCUUUAACACAUGACACUUUAAUUAGCUCUUUACAAUUCUCUCUUUUAAUCCUUUUGGUCCCUUUACUAUUGGUCACUUUGUCUUUGGUCUGUGUUCGUGUUUAUGUAUAUUGUAUGUAUGUUGUCAGUGUUCUACUGCCUUAGUCAUGUUGUUUGUACUUUUACAUUAUUGCUUUUAUGUUUAACAUCAGCCUGCCAAUGGGACUGGGGAUGGAAAUGAGCCAUUUGGUUACAAUCUCACAUACUUACAUGUUCAUCAAUAUGUACUGUUCCCAUUUUUUAAAAUAAAUAAAUAGUAAAAAAGGAAUGAAAAAUUGUUGCAUACAAUAUAGCUAAGUCGGAAAAAACUGUAGUAUAGCAGUCUUUCAUGAUUUUCCGUAUGUAAAUAAUAAUUAUAAUAAUAUUAAUAAUAACAAUAAUCAUAUAAACCAGCAUACUAAAAAGAGUCAUGGAAUACAAAAAUAAAAUAAAAUAAAUAUGAAAACAGUCUUCAUGUAGAUUAAAGCUGGCUCAUAAUCCAAACACUAUCUUCACCUUUUUUAACCCAGCCAAUUUUAUUUACUAACAAAAUCUUUAAUCGAACAAUAUCUAAAUAUAGGCAAUGUUACAUAAGUAAUAAUCAAACCUUUAUUAUUACAAAUUCAACUUUUAAAAUAACAUUGUACAGGGUUAUUUAACAGGAAUUUAGAGUUAUCCACUUCUUGGUUGAAAGGGUAACUGGAGGUUCUUAAAGACGUUUGGCUUAGGGCGGAUCCUACACAGACAAAGUCGGGAAUAUAUUUCGGUAGAGGUCGACUGCAUAUACUUUAGAUAAUUAAUUGGUCCAAACGACGUCGUUAAAAUGUAGAUAUAACCAGAAUGCGUCCGUGUUUGAUUCGUUGACAUGACUAUCAAUGGUCCGGUCCUGGAGUUGAUCCAGUCCGGGACUUCUUCUCUCCCGCCCCGAUGAUGGCUAAGCUAGGCUAGUACAUAACUCAGCCAGCUAACCGUUACCCGCUCCCGUUAUCAGCACUCCCGUUAAUGUUCUCCUUCAUCCCAGCGGAACAUUUUAUUCUCCACAACACACCGGGUUUAAAGCAAAGUCUUUAUUCUGUUACAUCGAUAGACGAUACAGUUGAUCUGAUCCACCGAUUACCCCCCAGUCUGAGCUAAGCUAACUGUUAGCCUCACGGCCAAAAUGGCGGACAACGAGGAUGACAGCGGUUCGACCAGAACAAUAACAGCCGCGGAACCGCCGGGGGCCGCGACCCAGACACCCGCCUCUCAGAGCACCCAGCCCGGGGACAGUUUAGCUUCAGCACCCGCUGCUCAGAGCGCCCAAGCCGGUGAGAAUGUGUCCGCCGAUCAGAGGAGCCACCCUGGGGAGAGUUCACAGACAGAACCCGGGGCAGAGAGCGCUCACCCCGGGGAGAGUUCACAGACAGUACCCGUGGCAGAGAGCAGUCACCCCGGGGAGAGUUCACAGACAGUACCCGGGGCAGAGAGCAGUCACCCCGGGGAGAGUGUCCCCGAGGUGUCCGGGGUUCAGCUGGCGGAUUUCUUCCAGAGCUGCCCGGAGGAGCAGAGCAUCCUGGUGGGCACCGAGUUCACCAGCCUGGGCACGGAUCUCAGUACCACCACCAUCAUCUACCUGCAGCCGGACGGCAGCAUGGUGGAGGGUUCCGGGCUGACGGCCGAGGAGCAGCAGGCUCUCCUGGACCAGCUCACCAAGCAGCAGAUCGUCCAGGUCUCCGACACCGAGGCCGCCCAGCUGCUCCAGCAGAGCCAGCUGGUCAAGACCAUCCCGGUCCAGAACACAGCCCUGGACGCGAGCCAGCUGCAGCAGGUCAUCAACCAAGUCACCAAGUCACAGCAGCAGAUCCACGUCCAGGUUCCCCAGCAGACCGUGAAGCAACAAGUCCAGGUCCAACAGAUCCAGGUUCCCCAGCAGGGUGUGAAGCAGCAGAUCCAGGUCCCUCAGCAGAACCUAAAGCCCGCCACCCAGAACAACGCCUCCCAGCAGCUGAAGAGCGUGGCCCAGCAGGUGGCCAAGCAGACCAGCGGCUCGGUCCAGGUGGUCCAGAAGAAGGUGAGUCUGAUGUAGAGCUUUGCAGCGGACUCACCUGAACCAUAAUGACCCCGACCUGGAUCUGAUUGUAUGUCUGUACCAAUGCUCUAUUCCAGUCCCAGUAGAACCAGUCCCCUCAUCACAGGGGUGAAACAUUAUUGUUAAAGGGAUAUUCAGGCGUAAAAUUAAUUUAGGGUCAAACCCACCGAAACACCGAGUUAGACCCCCUCCAGAGAUGAAUGUUGCCGACCGCUUGCUUCUCUAGUUAUACCAACUUUAGUAACGACCGCAGGAUAGAAAUACAGAGAGACACGCCCCCAACCAAAACGCCACUCUAUAGCCACAAAUAAUGCUCAGAACAGCACCUAACUUCAUCAACAGGACAUAUAGGGUCACAGACAUAGUACUAGACACCAAACAUCUUUUUAACUUUGACUCAUUUCUUUAGCAAAGAGACUAAACACAACUCACCUACUCUCUUCCAGCAGACGCUUGUUUGUAGAGAGACCUCAGGCCAGUCCAUUAGGGACUACAGCGGGGUGCCGCAGCUCAAGGAAGAACAUUUAUGAUCAUUUCUUUAUCAUUUCCUUGAAGUAAUAAUCACCAUAUUAAUCAUUUUACAGACACGGUAGUUCUUCUGUCUUAGCGUCUCGGUCUGAUUGUAUUUCCAUGAAGAAAUGAUCAUAAAUGUUCUUCCUUGAGCUGCGGCACCCCGCCGUAGUCCGUAAUGGACUGGCCUGAGGUCUCAAAGUAAGGAGCUCACAAAGAACUUUAGGGGAACGAUGAAAAUUGAUCAAUAAUGUUUCUCUUAUUGAUCGACCUUAGUACUAUUAUUAGAAAUCAAUUUUAGGUCUUUUGGUCACAUGACAGUGAAGCUAUUGAAGGAAAACGGCCUUUUCUGAGAACAUCAACCGGUAAUUUAUUGACAGUCCCUUAUUCAACACCGAUGUUGACAGUGAGGGUGUCGAGUAGAUUUAACUGCGCUGCUGUUGUUAUUCCCGGUUAUGGAGAGUGAGAAGACACCGGUAGAUCCUCAGAGAAUGUCCGUCAGAUAUCCAGCCUGAAACUAACUUCACCGCCGUAUUUACAGGAGAAUAUAUCCAACCUAAAACUAACUUCACCGCCGUAUUUACAGGAAAAUAUAUCCAACCUAAAACUAACUUCACCGCCGUAUUUACAGGAGAAUAUAUCCAACCUGAAACUAACUUCACCGCCGUAUUUACAGGAAAAUAUAUCCAACCUGAAACUAACUUCACCGCCGUAUUUACAGGGAAAAUAUAUCCAACCUGAAACUAACUUCACCGCCGUAUUUACAGGAAAAUAUAUCCAACCUGAAACUAACUUCACCGCCGUAUUUACAGGAAAAUAUAUCCAACCUGAAACUAACUUCACCGCCGUAUUUACAGGAAAAUAUAUCCAACCUGAAACUAACUUCACCGCCGUAUUUACAGGAAAAUAUAUCCAACCUGAAACUAACUUCACCGCCGUAUUUACAGGAAAAUAUAUCCAACCUGAAACUAACUUCACCGCUGUAUUUACAGGAAAAUAUAUCCAACCUGAAACUAACUUCACCGCCGUAUUUACAGGAAAAUAUAUCCAACCUGAAACUAACUUCACCGCCAUAUUUACAGGAAAAAAAAAACAUUUGUUGAUAUGUUUACAUGUGACCCUAAAUACAUUUGAUAAUCCACACACAUCUAUUUUUAGUCGCAGUGUAACGGUCGAACUGUCGAACCCUGAGAUGACGUAGUUGGUCUUUGUCAUAUUUAGUCGUGGAGUUUGUGGUUGUCCCUCAUGAUGCUGAAGGUUUGAUCUCUCUGAUUUUCUGUCCUUUCAGCCUGAGCCUGUCAGGAUCCAGGUCCAGGUUCCCAUCAAACAGGAAGUGAAGUCAGGCUCCGCCCCCCAGCAGAAGACGGUAGCUGUCAAUCCUUCGCAGGUGAAGCUGGCGUCCAAUGGCAACGUGAGCAGCGCUCAGAUUAUCCACAUCCAGCCUAUGGUUGGUCAGCAGGGUCAGCAGUUCUUCCUGCAGCAGAACCCGGGAGACCCCCCUAUCCAGCUGCUGUUACAAAGCCCCGCCCCUGUGGUCGGAUCUCUGCUUCCAGUGGUCCACAAACUCGCAGCCCCGGUGAAAACCACAGUGACAAGUCCCAGCCAGAGUCAGAAACCUGCUGUGUCUCCUGUUAGAGUCCAGACCCCUGCCACAGUAAAGACCCCGCCCACCCCGACGAUCAAGACCCAGCCCAGCCCCUCAACGAAAACCGUUACCAUCCCGCUUAUCAAAACUCCUGAUAACGGCACAAAGACAGUGACCAGUAAGAGUCCAGUUAAACCCCCUGUCCCAGCAAGCCCAGUACAGACCACCACACCUGCCACCAAACCUGCCGUCAAACCUGCCACGGCGGCCACACCCCCUUCAGCCCCUGCAGUGAAGGACAGAGAUAGGGAGAAGAAGUCAAAGAAGAAAGAGAAGAAGGCUGUGAAGGUCCAGACCAGAUCGGGUCGAGUCUCCAGACCGCCAAAGUACAAAGCCAAAGACUACAAGUUCAUCAAGACCGAGGACCUCGCCGACAGCCACCAGUCCGACUCCGACGACUACUCCGACAUGAGCGUGGAGGAGGAAGGCGACGGCGAGAAGAAGGAAGGCUCCGCCCCCGGUGGCUCCCCCUCCCUCACCUACAGCCACAAGUCCCGGUCUCACCGCUGCCAGACAUGUGACAAAGCCUACAUCGGCGCCGGCGGUCUGAACCGGCACUACAAACUGAACCCCACCCACGGGGAGCCCGACCCGCCGGACAACCAGCCCAGCAACACGUCACGCCCCGUCAGAGAGGACAGCCAAUCACAGGAGACCGUGUCAGGAGCAGUCAAAGAGGAGGAGGGGAAGAAGAAGGAGGACAAGCCUGCCGCCAUGGCAACAAACAAAGUAAGAGACCUGUCAGCCAAUCAGAGCUCUGAUCUGCAGAUCUAUUCCAGUCUUAUGCUGCGUUCGAGUGACAUCAGGAGUCGGAGCUGAAAAUGACGUCACAUCCGAGUUCCGUGUUUCAGUUCAGACGAAAGUUAUUUCAGCGCUCGCUUUAUAUUCGGACAAGGUUAGCGCUAAAAUAACCUUCGUAGACGUAGCCGUUUCAUUUCCUCCUCCGAUUUUUGCUUUUUUUCGACUUGGUAACUGAAAUGCUGGGAACUCCGGUGUGACGCCAUUUUCUGCUCCGACUCCUGAUGAACUCGAACGCAGCAGAAGUAACAAAGUUUCAGAUUCAUGAACCGACUGGUAACAAUAACCGUUAAUCCGUAAUCGACUGGAGGAGGGUUCGUCAGCUCGUUAACAGCUCAUCAAUGACUUCUCUGUGUCUCAAUGACAAGCUAGUAAGUAGUUAAUAAUCAGCUGGUUAACCACUGUGGUUUUAACUGAUGGAUUACUGACUAAUCACUAAUUAACUACAAGUUCAUAAACGACCUCGAACCACUACGCCGAGUUAAGUCCUGACUGUCUGUCUGUUGUCCUCAGGUGGAGGGCGGUCCGGCUGCAGCUGUAGGACUCAGAGGUCUCCAUCACCGAGGCCCGGGUCGGCCCAGAGGACGAGGGAGAGGCAGGGGGCGGGGUCGAGGGCGGGGCAUCGGACGAUCUCUAGCACCGCCUCCUAAAGUGAGCUCUUUGAUUUGAACCAAUGAGGUCACACUCACCUGUACCUGUCCAGAGUAGAACAUCACAACACAGUGAGCUAACCUGAUUGGACGAUUUUUUUAAGGUGACAGUCGGCCUCGGGAGUAGGCGGGGCCGCCGUGGUCGACCUCCAAAGCUUGCCGUUGCCACGGUAACUGCAGAGCAGCAAGCAGAGAGGAGACGAGACCGUCUGCAGGAGGUAAGAGGGAAGGAGAGGAAAGCAGGAAGAUUUUGAUUGAUUGUUGACAUGUUUCCAUGACAACGGUGUGACGAUGUUUACAGCUGGUGGAUCAGUGCGAGGACGAGGAGCUGAUGGACAUCGUUCUUCCUCGUCUGACCAAAGUGUUGAGUCUGUGGGAGCUCCUGCUGGCGAAGGUACACACUCCUACACAACACGUGUGUGUAGAUGUGCAGUAACACACCGAAGAAGACCAACUCUGUCCUGGUCUCGGUUCUUUCAGGUGGAGCGUGGUGGACCGGCUCGGACCCGGUUCCCGGACAUUUACAGAGAGUUCGAGUCCCUGCAGACUCAAGUGAGACAGGCCGCCCAGGAUUACAUCAUCAGCCCGCAGGGCGGAGCCAUGCCGCUGGAGGUCAGGAACAUCGAGGUGAGGAGAUCUCAGUGGUCCUGAUGGUCUCAGGUGGUCUGAGGUGGUCUGUGCUCCACCCCACACUGAGCUGGUCUGUGUCUUACAGGUGGCCCGGUCUUUGGGGAUCCUGGAUGAGGUGAACAAGAUGAAGGUGGUUCCUGGAGCGUCCUCCAGCUCCAGUAUGACCAACAAAAACGUCCGAUACAUGGAGGUGAGAACCAGCAGAGCAGGGUCCAGGUUUGGUCUGGUUCUGGUCUCCAACAUCUAGAUAUGUUUGCUGGAUUUCAGAAUCCUGGAUCUGAUGAAGACCUGAGCCGGGUUCAGUCUGAUUCAGUCUUAAACUCUGUUUCCCAGAAUUCCAAGAUGUUGCCGCCUUCAAAAAGAUUCAAGAUGGAGAACAGCGUUCCGGUUCACCAGAACGGGAUCGAGACGCCCAGGACAGGUACGACUGCAGGGUCUGGGAGGACUACAGGUCCCCCCUGAUUCAGAUCUACAGAAUCCGGCUAACUUUGGUUUUUAGGAUCACUCACAAAACGGGGCGAGAAUUGAUAAGAUUUUAUCGAUAUUGAUGUCAUUUUUCUUUAACGAUUCCCUUAUCAAUACCUUUCCUUGACUUCAAAAGUAGAUUUUAGGUUUUUACCGUGAACUCUAAAUUUUAUUAAGUCUCUGAUAACAGAAACAGAUGUACGCCACCUUCAGUCUAAAGAUGAUAUUAGUUCAUCGUUUUUGACAUUAUGUUUAUGUAAACACAGGACAAACGUCAGGGUGACCAUAUUCCGUCGCGUCAGUGACUUUGCUUAGAAGUGAGCGGAGGGGCGGAGCUGCAGAGAGGACUGAUCCUCUGCUCUGUUUUAUAAUGAAUAAAAACACGUUAAGGACAUUUGAAGGACUUUAUAAACUCCCCUGGACAGCCCCCUAAAAGAGGACAUGUCCGGGUAAACGAGGACGUACGGUCACCCUAACACUCGUACCUUUUAUGCCGUGCUGAGACGGAGCAGCAGCGGCUGACGAACAAAUACAUGACGCCUUAGAUUUGAUGCCCCCUUGACAAAUGUCGUCUUUCUUAGUAAAAUUAAAACACGCUUUAGAUCGUUUCUGCUAACUUUUCGUACCGUCCACACCCGGAAGAAAAGAAUCGCUAAGAUAAAACGUAAAUGAUGUCGAUGGAUUGAACCAUUUAGGGUCUGGUCAGGUCUGAUCCAGGUUUUCGGUCCAGUACCUGCAGUUUGUCAGGUGUUGUGAGUAGAACCACAGGAACCGCUCCUCUUCGCUGGAGGAGGAUGGGCGGUUCUGAAUGACCUCUCUGACCCGGUUUCCUUUAAACAUACAGAUCAAUGUCGAGUCAUGGAGACCAUCACCAUGGCAACAGCCUGACUGAACUAGUUUCAGGGUUCAAGUUUGAUUCUGAAUUUUCUGUUUAAGGAGGAACUUCAGUGACCCCUACGACCCCUACGACCUCUGUGACCCCCACGACCUCUGCGACCCCUCCCACCUCUGUGACCCCUCCCACCCCCUCGGUGAAGCCCUCCUCAGCCUCGGCACCUCCUCUGGGCGGACCAGCUGAAACCAAGGCCGCUGACUCCACCUCCAGGUGAGCUGGCCCCGCCCCCGUCCUUAAAGGUGAAGACAUGUUCUUAAAGGUGUCCCAGUCUUAAGUUGACCCAUCUGGACCAGGUCUGAAAAUGUCUCUCUUGUCCCUCCAGCUCCUCCACCUCCUCAACUCAAGCUCCGCCCCCUCCAACACCCAUGGAGGUGACCCCAAGUGAGAACCAGGGGGAGGGGCCUCUGCGAACUGGCGCCAAGGCAGAACCACAGUCCCAGAGCCAGGACCAGGUCCAGAGCAGCAGUGACUCAAAAAACCCGGAUCAGAGUUCAAAGACACCCGGAUCCAGCUCAGUCCAGACACCCGGGUCCAGCUCGGUCCAGACACCCGGGUCCAGCUCGGUUCAGACACCCGGAUCCAGCUCAGUCCAGACACCCGGGUCCAGCUCGGUUCAGACACCCGGGUCCAGCUCUGUCCAGACACCUGGGUCCAGCUCAGUCCAGACUCAGGCUCCCUCUCAGCCCCCCCCUCAGAAGGACCCGUCUCAGUCCGGGUCCAAGGAGCUGCAGGAGGGUCAGGAGAUCUACAUCCAGACCGACGGGAUGACCGUCCAGCUGGCGGACCCCGGACUGGACCGGAUCGUGAUUGUCAACGGGCCGGAUGGGACCACCAUGCACUUCCAGACCCCAGAGGGGGUCCCCCUGGAGGCGGUCCAGGCCUUGCUCGGUAUCGAGGCUUCGGAUGGAGCCAAAGCCCCCCAGUGAACCUGAACCAGGACCAGAACCAUACUGACCCUGGAGAGUCUGGACUUAAGGGUGGAUUUUGUUUGGCUACCGGUCCUCAGGGUCCAACAUGUGGACCCACAGAGACGUGGACUGCAGAGACCUGGACCUCCUUUAGUCUUAAUGAAAGUCCAUCUCUACCUGGAGGGGGCGGAGCUUAAACACACCUGUAACUCUUGUUGUGUGUCUCUGAGGGGAAACAGGACGGACUGUUCCUUUAAUGUCACACCUGGACGCUUUUAUUUCAAACAGGAAGAACAAAUGGAAGGUUUUUCAAAAUAAAACUCUGUUCAGAGGCCGAACAUCAAAGGAUUUUCUGUAGAAAUUUUAAAGUCGUUUUUUCUUAUUUAACGUUCCUCAUGUUUGAUGAUUGAAGUUCAUCUGAGGGGGAAAUGCUCGACGGUCACCUGACAGCCGGCGCCGCAGGUUUCAACACAGUUAAAGGGAAAUUCUGCUGUUUUAUAAACUGUCCUGACAUCGCUCUAUCCGAGCCACCAGACUCCAUUCACAAAAACAGGAAUUUAACCUUACAGGUCCGCGCUGUCGCUCCAAGGUGAUUGAUCAAAUGUUCUGGUUUGUGAGAUUUAAACUCUGGACUUCAGCUCCAGUAAAGUUCACGUGUAAAACAAAAUAAGACAAUUAUACGUGUGUGGAGUCAGAGGUGGAGCGGCGGCUCCUGGGUUCUACUCAGUAAAGUUCCUGUUUUUCUCAGUGGGGUUUGGUGUGUCAGAGAGUGAUGGAUCCACUCACCUGAGACGGUCAGAAAGCAUUUUUACAUGGACUUCAGUGUCUCGGAUUUAUGUUUGUGGUGUCAAAGUCCUGGUUUUAGAGCUCGGGUUAAGUCCUCUCUGGGUUUUUGAGGGACCAGGUUUUUGACGGUAAAUGACAGUUUGUAAACACCCUCUCCUGGUUUUCUGCUGACUCAUCGAACAUGAUCGCAGCAAAGAGUCGUGGAGAAACUGAGUCUGAAAUAACCUGAAAAAAGCAGAAUUUCCCUUUAGCCGCGGCUCAGCUGGGUCCGACACCUGGAUGUCCAAACCUGGAUCUGCUGGUCCCCGUUAACCCUCUCCUCCCUCCGGUCGACAGAUCCAGCUGUUAAAUAUGAGUAGCUCUCAGUUUGUGAGUUUAGUGUCCUCCGUAGGCCUCCGUACUCAGCAGUGUUAUUUAUCGUUGGGCUUGCUCUCUGAUUGGUUGGUCCUGUUCUCACCUGUGAUGAUGUCAGCAGCGGCUCCUCCUGCUGGUUUUUAAGGAAUCUGGAGUGAUUGUAAAAUAUGUAAACUAUGUUUGUUUUUUUCCAGUGUUUCCAUGUUUGGAGUCGUCGUUUGUUUCCGAUAGAUUAGUUGCUGUUUAUAUGUAGAUAAAUAUGAAAACAAAGUUUAAAAAAAGUUGCACUAUUUUAUUACUUUUUAUAAAACUUCACAGUGAAACCUUUUCCAAGCUGAAGGUUUGUACUGGUUUGGACGAGGGACUGGGGGGGCGGUCUGGAGGACUUCAGUUUACUGACGUGUUGCUGGUUCGAGUGCUGAAUGCAUUAAACACAUUUCAUGUUCCUCCAAUAAACUGAUGUGACAAACUCGGA